CUUCCAGUGGUCUGUAUCAUUUUAUUCUCGAGUCUCUCUUCGCACAUCACACCCUACUGUCACCAUUCAUCGACUUCAGGCAAGAUUCGCAGACGACUACAGUCUUGGUUAGCGAAAUCUACUCACACGAAGCAAGGUUUUAUUCAAAUUCUUCCCUUCCCUUCCCUUCCCUUGGCAUUGAAUUUUCUGUUGAAGAGAAAUGGCCGAUGAAGCAAACAGAACUGCAUUUAUGGAGAUUCAAGGUCGCAUGAUUGAGACUACUGGGAAAUUGAAGCAGGUUCAGAAUCAAAUGCGAAACAAAGAAGGAGAAAAGAAGCGCGCUUAUUUAACUUUAGAUGAGCUGCGGCAGUUGUCUGAUGAUACAAAUACAUACAAAUCUAUAGGGAGAACGUUUGUUUUAGAGCCCAAAUCAGUUUUAAUGGAGGAACAGGAACAAAAGCUCAAGGGUAGCGAAACUGCUAUUGCUUCCUUACAGUGUCUUUUCUUGUCUAUUCUUUCUUUGUUCUUGUCUUCAGCAUACUGGCAUGCAUCAUUAUUAUGCAAAAUUGAAGUUAUCAAAUGUGGUCUCACCUGUGUGUAAUGCCUCUAAGGAGUAUUUGGAGAAGCAGAUGGUAGAAGUGCAGAACAACCUUAGGGAGCUAUUACAGCAAGAUCCCAGUCUUGCUCAUCAGAUAAUGUCAAUGUCAGUGUAAUGUGAAACCCGAUUUUCUGAAAAAUUUCUUUUGUAUUACUUUCUUUUUGUUUGUUUCCUUUCUCUUUCACAUGUCAGCCAAAACAAAGGAGUUUGCUCUGUUGAAUGCUGCACUUUAAAUACAUUUAGAGAGUUUGCUCUGUUAAA